UGAUGCAUGUAGAUGGUUAGGACGGGGCCUGUCACUCUUCUCUAGCAACAGCUCAACGGCCUAACUGGUUUCUAACCAAGGACACUGAAUCCAUCAGGAUACCUUCAACCAUAAAACCAAAGAUCCAAUUAAACACAAUUUAGGCCAGUAGGGAGAUCCAUUAUGGUGUAAAUGAAGACUCUCCAGCAAGCCUCUUCCUGGUCUAAACUUCUUACAUUUUCUUGGCUAGAAUUAAGGCAUAUACCCACUAUAUAACCACGAAUCAAGCUCAUCAAGACGAAUUCCUCUUUCUUCAUACUCUUCAUUUUAUAUCUAACCCUAGUCGUAGGGGUGUUGGAGAACUAUUGCCGUGUAAUGGAUUGUCACAAUAAGCCUCAGGAGCUUGGCGGGCACCGCUGACCUUGGCUGAGCUCAUUCAUGUAUCUGUGGGUUGGACGGCUCUGUUCCACCUGUUCCUCGUUCUCCUUGGGCUACAAUGCUGGCUGGGGGCAUGGUCUUCUGCAUCCCGGAGAGAGGCUCAGGUGUCGUAUGACCUACGCUUGGAACUGGCAACUUGGUUAACUUCUGCACUUCUGCCAUUGGUCAAAGCAAGUCACAGCCAAGUCCCAAGAACAGUGUGGGGAGCUAGGCUCUCCCCACUGUGAAACGAAAGGGUAUGGAUUCAGGGAAGGGUUGGAGGAGGCGCCAGAUGCGUGUCCGCCACUAGUUUCUGCCCUGGGAAUUACAUUUCACUGUCGUCCGGUGGUCCCUCGUGAGUGAGCUGUUGCAAAUGAGCAUGGAAGGUCACGUCCGAUGAAGGGGUUGCCCAGGACUUGGUGAGCUUCCAACUCCAGCAGCCCAGCCCGUGAUUUGCAGUUUGUGGAAGAACACCUAGCAGAGUACGAUGAGAAACGAAACGAAAGGAGUGUGGAAGUGUUCUGAACUAGCACCCUUGUUUCCUGCUUGGACUCACCCAGAUUCUGAAAUCCGAGCGCAGGUAUCACGGAAACCUGCGGCAAAGCAGCGGUCUGCAACAGAUGGCGCGACCUGGCGUGACUGACCAGAGGGAAGUGCUCGGAGUCUGCGGGAAGUUUCUGUGUGAGCAGAGCGCGGAGGAGGAUGCGCGGGUCGUGCUGGAGGCGGGUCCCAGCCAGAUGUGCGCGGCCCGCCCCGCCUCCCCUCGCGCGCCGGCCCCGCUGCGCCCGGAGAGGAGCUGCCGCGCGCCUCACCAGGGCGCCCCCGCCGCCCGCUGGGACCGCGCCCGGGAGGAGCCGAGGCCCCGAGCGGCCAAGGGAGAGCGGAGGCGGCCGGCCCGCAGCGCCCCGGGGCCCGCGACCUCCCGAGAGGGGGUUCAGGAGGAGCGGCGGGACGCGACGGAGGGAGGCCCCGCGCGAAGAUGCCGCCGCACUGGGCCCUGGCGCUCCCGCUGCUGUUCCCCUGGGUGGCAGGUGGAUUAGGGAACGCGGCCAGUCCAAAGGAUCAUGGGCUGUCCCCGCCGGCGCUGCAGCCUGGGGUCUGUCGCUACGGGACCAAGCUGGCCUGCUGCUAUGGCUGGAGAAGGAACAGCAAGGAAGUCUGUGAAGCUACGUGUGAACGUGGGUGCAAGUUCGGUGAGUGCGUGGGACCAAACAAAUGUCAAUGCUUCCCAGGAUACACCGGCAAAACCUGCAGUCAAGAUGUGAACGAGUGUGGAGUAAAGCCUCGGCCGUGCCAACACCGAUGUGUGAAUACGCACGGCAGCUACAAGUGCUUUUGCCUCAGCGGCCACGUGCUUAUGCCGGACGCCACAUGUGCGAACUCCAGGACGUGUGCCAUGGUGAGCUGCCAGUAUGCCUGUGAGGACACGGAGGAGGGGCCGCGCUGCCUGUGUCCGUCCCCGGGCCUCCGCCUGGCCCCCAAUGGAAGAGUUUGUACAGACAUUGACGAAUGUGCCUCCGGUAAAGCCGUGUGCCCUUACAAUCGAAGAUGUGUGAACACAUUCGGAAGCUACUACUGCAAAUGUCAUGUUGGUUUCGAACUGAAAUACACCAGGGGCCGGUAUGACUGUGUAGAUAUAAACGAGUGCGCCAUGAAUACCCAUACGUGCAGCCUCUACGCCAAUUGCCUCAAUACCCAAGGGUCCUUCAAGUGUAAAUGCAAGCAGGGGUACAAAGGCAGCGGACUUAAGUGUUCUGUUAUCCCUGAAAAUUCUGUGAAGGAAGUCCUCAGAGCACCUGGUACCAUCAAAGACAGAAUCAAGAAAUUGCUGGCUCACAAAAACAGCAUGAAAAAGAAGGUAAAAAUUAAAAAUGUCAUCACAGAACCUUCUGGAACUCCUGCUCCUAAGGUUAACUUGCGACUCCUCAACUCUGAAGAGACUGUUUCCAGAGCUAGGAACUCUAAUGGAGGAAAAAAACAGAAGGACGGGAGAAAGAAAGAGGGGCUUGAGGAUGAGGAAAAAAAUGAGAAAGCCCUGAAGAACCACAUAGAAUGGGAGCAAAGCCUUCGAGGAGAUGUGUUCUCCCCUAAGGUGAAUGAAGCAGGCGGAUUGGGUCUGGUUCUGGUCGAUGGAAAACUUACAUCCAGACUCGAACACAAAGCAGAUUUAAAUAUCUCAGUUGACUGCAGCUUUGACCAUGGGGUCUGUGACUGGAAACAGGAUAUAGAGGAUGACUUUGACUGGAAUCCUGCUGAUCGAGAUAAUGCUGUUGGCUACUAUAUGGCAGUUCCGGCCGUGGCAGGCCGGAGGGAUAUCGGCCGCUUGAAACUCCUCCUCCGAGACCUGCAGCCCCAAAGCAACUUCUGUUUGCUCUUCGAUUACCGGCUGGCCGGAGAAAAAGUCGGGAAGCUUCGAGUGUUUGUGAAAGACAGUAACAAUAUCCUGGCCUGGGAGGAGACCGGAAGUGAGGACGAGAGGUGGAAGACUGGGACAGUCCCGUUGUAUCAAGGGAUCGCCACUACCAAGAGUAUCAUUUUUGAAGCAGAACGUGGCAAAGGCAAACGCGGGGAAAUUGCAGUGGACGGCGUCGUGCUGCUCUCAGGCUUGUGUCCAGAUGACCUUUUAUCUGCGACUGGCUGAAUGUUACUCUGGUCUUCUGUGUCUUUAUGUUUGGCUUCUUAUGUCCGUUCUCUGUUUUCUGAUACAACAUCAUAGAUCGCCCCACUGUAGAAAUAACAAAAUGAAAAUUCAUAACCUACCAACAGAAACAUUAUUGUAAGAUGUCUUUCUUGUGGAAGAUGUGCCAAUAGGUGCCUUUCAGUAUAGUACCACUCAUUCAUUUCUGAAUUUAUAAAAUGUGGAAGUGUGGAAAAAGCUCAGCUUUCCUCCCCUCUCCCCCCAGCACCCCAUCCUCCAGUGUAUCUGAUUUGUCUCCAUGAAUUGAUGGACCUCUAUAAAACAUUUUUAGAAUUAAAAAAAAAAAAAAAGACAAA